CGAAACUAAGAGCCGGUAAAAUAGUAGCUCUGUAUCUCAAGUGUCACCACUUUGCGUUCGGAAGUUGUUGUUUACGAGUUUUCCUGUUGAUGAGGAGGAUGGUUUCUGUUAAACAUUUUCAUUAGAAUGCUAAUAGCAACAAGAGAUGUCUUAAUACAUACCAAUAUGUCCAUCUGGUAGCAAAAGUAGAAACAACAAUAUUUUGUCAUGGCAUCAUUGGUGGUCACCUCAUGUGGUCCCCGUUUACAUUGCUUACGGAAUAACGCUCUCCCAUUCAAGCAAUGUCGGGCAUGGAAUCGCUACACUGUAUUCCGGAGUUUGUCAACAAUGAGCGUUAGCUACAAUGAGAUCGAAAAUCCAGUUCCUAAUAGCGUUUACGAUAAUGCCAAACCAUUUGAUGAGAUCCCAGGACCGAGAGGUUUGCCUUUCUUAGGAACACUGCAUCAAUACAGAGGACCAUUUCAAAAGUUUAACAUAGACCGGUUCCAAGCCUCCUUACAAGACCGCUACCAGAAAUAUGGCCCUAUCAUGAAAGAAACGAUAGCUGGAGUGACUGCAGUCCGUUUGUUCGAUCCAGACUACGUUAAAAUUGUGUAUCAGAAUGAGGGGAAGGUACCUCAUGUGGCCCCUCUUCUGGAUACAACACGGCUGUAUAGGAGUCAGAAAAAUAUGUCUCCUGGCCUUGGUAAUACGAAUGGCGACGAGUGGUACAGACUGAGGAGUGCUGUACAACAGAUGAUGAUGCGCCCGAAGGAGGUCACUGUCUACCUCCCUAAUGUUCAACAGGUUGCAGAGGAAUUCGUCAACAAUAUAAGCAACUCUCUCCGAGCCAAGGAUGGACAAGUACAUAACUUCAGGAAGGAGCUUGCAAAGUGGAAUCUAGAAUCCUCUGGCAGCACCAGUUUUGAGACGAGGCUAGGCUGUCUAGAAUCGGGCACUGGAUCGUGGACGGAGAAGAUGAUAACGGCCAACAAUGACAUAUUCGCUCUCUCGACAAAGAUAACAUUUUCUGUACCUUUUCACACACUGUUCACCACACCAAUAUGGAAGAAACUUGUUGCUGCAGAAGAUUUCUUUUUCCUGAACGGUCAGAAGUUAGUGGAUGAGACAGCACAGAAGAUUGAUGAUUUGGUGGCUAAAGGUCAGAUGGACGAUACCAAGUAUAACUUCUUAGCCUACCUCCUCAGCAGGAAGGAACUCAGCUAUAAGGAUAUCAGCAUCAUAACAUUGUCACUGUUCGGAGAUGGACUAAACACGACGGUGCCAGCAAUAAUAUUUGCGUUGUAUUGUUUGGCAAAGAACCCUAAUGCACAACAAUCGGCCUAUGAAGAGGUGUGUAGGGUCAUUCCCGAGGGUGAGACCAUCACACCUGACAUGGUAGCUCGUUUACCAUACUUAAAGGCAUGUGUCAAGGAAUCAUCAAGACUUUAUCCAAUUGGCCUGGAUAUCAAAAGAAUUCCACAGAAAAAUUUGGUUAUUGGAGGUUACCAGGUGCCUGCAGGGACAAUCGUGGAGCUUGUCCCGUAUGUGAUGUUCCAGUCAGCAGAGCAUUUCUCCGACCCUGAAAAGUUCAAACCAGAGCGAUGGUUGAGGGAUGGGUCAGCCCUAAAUAUUCACCCGUAUCUACUGACACCGUUCGGUCAUGGGCCAAGAAUGUGUGCAGGGAGACGAUUUGCAGAGCAGGAGAUGUAUGUGUUGUUAUCCAAACUGCUACAGAGGUUCACCGUCGACUGGCAAGGGGAUGAUCUGGAGCAGAAGUUUCAGAUGCUGAUGGUUCCAGAUAAACCAGUCACAGUGUCUUUCAAGGACCGUCAUUGAGGGGGGGAAUUUCCACCCUGAAGAUGAAGUCUGGGUCAGCUGAUAAUCUGUUUCAUAUAAUUUAAUUUCAUAAAAAUUAUUUUCUUUAAAAAUGAAAUGAAAGUUAUUGAACUUCUUUUUCAGGUGUCAGAGGAUGUUGUUACAUUUAAAAGAUUUUAAUUUUAUUAAAAAUCAUUGUUUUUUUGGUACUUUAAUUUUAUAUGCAUAUGAAUUCCAUAAUUAUGUAUUAGAUGUGAUUUUUACUUUUUCACAAUAAUCCUGAUCUUAUUUAAUUGGGAAAAAUGUUGAACUGCAGAUAAAUAUAUUUAAUAGAAAUACGUUGAAUGAGAAAGGUAAUACAAAGUUAUAGUCCCUGUUAAAAGGGAUUACUGAUGGUUUUAAAUACCCAAAAGUAUAGUUUGUAUGUGUUUGAAUACUUCAGAGUGCAUCACAUUGAAUUUAUCAUUGGAGUUAAAUAGACUUGAGUUGACUAUUGAUCACAAAUGAUUGAUAAUUAUAAUUGCACCAAGAGCAAUAAGUCAGUUCAAUGUUUAAAACUUAUGCAAUAUCUGUAUAGUCACAAAACAUGUAUGUGAUCGCUCCUAAACCAGGUGAUCAGUUGAAUGUUUUAAACCUAUAUAAAAUCUGUUGAGUUGUAAAACACUUUUAUGACUUUUAUGAUUGCAUUUCAAAAACUGUUUAAAUUUAUUAUUUACAUUCUAUUUAUACUGAUGAUGACAAUCUCCUUUGUGAUAACAGGUUGGUAAGAUGUUUAUUUAUCAAUGAUGGAUGUUGAUACUAUGAUUCAAUUCCACUGCGAGUGAAAUAUCUAAUAGCCCCAAAGCUUAACUUGACCUUUACACCCUUGCCCUUUCACAUUGUUUUACUAUUAUAAAUAUUAUUUGAAAUUUAUUUUUCUUUUCAAUCAUAAUGUGUCGUUUGGUAGAUACUAUAUGCAUAAAAGUUUUAGAAAUAAUACAUGCAUAAUAUACUAUAUAGUAUACAGUCAAACUUUUGCCCUUCACUGGUAAAAUCUAUAAAAGCCUAGUGGUAUAAUUUUGCCGUUAUCAUUCAUGUAAUGAACAUGCACGUAGAAUAGUGUGUACUAAUAUUUGCUGUAAUGCUAUAUAUUCGCCCUAAAUAAGGAGGGUGAAAGAGUCCAAAGGAAAACUGUGGUGGAACUAUACCAGUGUAGUAUGGUAAUAUGAAGGCCAUGGUGAAAUGAACCGCGGUUCAUAUUACCAUUAUGGUAAUAUGAACCGCCCCAUGGUGAAAUGAAGGGUUCCAACUUUUUCUAUUAUGACAACUUUUUUCCAUUCUUUUUCUUUAAGUUUACUUCAAUUUUAUGUAUUCUAUUUGAAAUGACAAAAAUUAUGUCAGAGGUAAAAAUAUUUAGGGUAGGGCGCUUCACUUUACCAUAAUGGUGAAAUGAAGGGUUUUCGCAUUUUGUUUUCUAUUUGGCUUUUUUAAACCAAAUCUGGUUUACUUUGCAUCAG